AUGUUCAUCGUUACACGGCCGUUUGGCGGAUGGCGCUUGCCCGUGUUGUCGGCCGUACGCCAUCACAUACCUGGUCGCAGCCGCCCGUCGCCGCAGUCGAUUAUCAGUAGACUCUGCAGCUCUAAGCCCCGCGCCCGUUCCAGGAUGUCUUUGCCCCGUCUGCCCGCCAUCAGUAGCGUCUCACCCAGAGUGCUACGGGUAUUGGGAUGCAAUCCCAGUUUCAUGACUCUACAGGGUACGAAUACUUAUGUGAUUGGCACGGGUCAGCGACGUAUUUUGAUUGAUGCUGGAGAGCCAAAUUUUCCAGAGUAUAUAAAAAAUCUUCGAGAAACAAUGAUAAAGUAUAAAUUUCAACUCGAUCAUAUUAUAAUAUCACAUUGGCACUCGGAUCAUAUUGGCGGGGUGAAAAAUGUGCUGGAUAUGAUUGCUAAUAAAAAUGAAUGUAAAGUUUGGAAGUUCAAUCCCAAAAUAGGCAAAAAACGCGAUUACAACUUUCCAUUACAUUUUGUUGAAGACAAACAAAAGUUUUGUGUUGAAGGUGCUACAUUAAUAAUUCAUCAUACACCUGGACAUACAACUGAUCAUAUAGUCAUAUUUUUGGAAGAAGAUAAUGCUUUGUUCUCUGCUGAUUGUGUGCUUGGAGAGGGAACUACUGUGUUUGAAGAUCUAACAGAAUAUUUGAACUCAUUACAAUUGAUUUUAGACUUGAACCCAACUGUUAUAUUUCCUGGCCAUGGCUCCGUUAUAAAAGAUCCAAUUGUUCGAGUAAAUAAUUAUAUUAAGCACAGAUUAGAAAGAGAAGCGGAAUUGUAUGACUUGAUUAAUAGAAGUCCAUCAGGAUCAAUUUCUGAAGAGGAAAUUGUAAAUGAAAUGUAUAAGAUUAUUCCCAAUGAUUACAGGAAAGUAGCAUCAUAUAUUGUGAAAAAUCAUCUUGCUAAAUUAGUGAAGGACGGGAAAGUGGUUCUAAUCAACAAUAAAUGGAAAGUCAAAGAAUAAUGAAUUGUGCGAUUCAAUAUUUCAUAAUUUUAAGUUGUUACAAUUUUAGGUGUUUUUUGUAAAAAAAGGUUAAAAAUAGAACAAAACCUUGUUAUUAAUAGUGUUAAGCUUGGGUAAAUUUUAAAUUUGUAUAAGAUAACAGUUAAAACUAGAGACUGGAAUUAUAUGGAAUAAAGUUGUAAGAAUUAUGAUACAUUAAUGAAUGGCAAGUGUCCAAUUAUGCAUGCAUCAACAUAAUAAUGAAAUAAACAAUAAUAUAACUACAGUGAGUUCUUCUUAUGUGAUCACUGGUUUAUGGAAUCAAUUGUUUAUUGGAAUAAAAACAGAUAAAUUCAAAUCAAAUCUUAUAUUACAAAUGUUAAAUUUAUAUUUUAUUAAAAUCAGUAUGUACCUGAUAAUUGAAUAACUCUUAUGAAUAUUUUUUAUUGGUUCUAUGGCUUUUGAAACUGACAUGUUAGGUGCAACAGCUGCUUUAAGUAUUAAUUAUGUAAAUUGUAUUUUUAAACUUAUGAGUGUAUCAAUAUACAUCCUGUUUAGUAUAAAAAUUGUUGAAGUGCUUGUUUUUCUCUCAUUGCUUUGAACAAAUGGAAAGAUUUAUCCAUAAAACGUUUACUAUUUUGAUAAGUUGGAAAAAUGUUCUUAAAGAGAAAC